AUGCACACACCCCCUGCCUCUGGGGGGCCCGGGGGCGGGCUGACCCGGGAGCGGGAGCGGCUGGCCGCGCUGCUGCCCUUCCCCGAGGAGGUGGUGGCCGGGCUGGACAAGCUGUCGGUCCUGCGCCUCAGCGCCGGCUACCUCCGCGCCAAGAGCUUCUUCAGCGUUGCUCUAAAGAAUCACAGUGCCAAAGAAGUGGAGAGGGACGGAGACUAUAGCAACGGACAAGCUCCAGGCUCAGCAGCAGUACCAGAGGGCGAGCUGCUCCUACAGGCGCUCAAUGGCUUCGUGCUGGUGGUGACAUCGGAAGGACUGAUAUUUUACUCCUCACAUACAAUUCAAGACUAUCUGGGAUUUCAUCAGACAGAUGUCAUGCACCAGAGCGUCUUUGAGCUGAUCCACACCGAAGACCAGCAGGAAUUCCGGCGCAACCUCCACUGGGCACUCAGCGCACCCCAUGCUCCCGAGGGUGAGCCUUCUACAGAAGGGGGGAAGAGUCUCGGUUCUGCUGCCGUCACCUACAAGCCAGAUCAGCUGCCCCCAGAAAACUCCUCCUUUCUGGAAAGGAGCUUCGUGUGCCGCUUUCGCUGCCUCCUGGAUAAUUCCUCCGGCUUCCUGGCUUUAAACCUUCAAGGCAGGCUGAAAUUCCUUCACGGGCAGAACAAAAGGUCUGAAGACGGGUCUGCACUGCCACCCCAGCUCGCUCUUUUCGCUAUUUCCACCCCCUUGCAGCCCCCGUCGAUCCUGCAGAUCCGAACCAAGAACAUGAUCUUCAGGACAAAGCACAAGCUGGACUUCACCCCCUUGGCGUGCGAUGCCAAGGGGAAGAUCGUUUUGGGCUACACCGAGGCGGAGCUGCGGAUGCGCGGCACCGGUUACCAGUUCGUCCACGCUGCCGACAUGCUGUACUGUGCCGAGAACCAUGUCAGGAUGAUGAAGACGGGUGAGAGCGGCCUGACGGUCUUCCGCCUGCUGACGAAGGAGAACCGCUGGAAGUGGGUGCAGGCCAAUGCGCGGCUCGUCUACAAGAACAGGAAGCCAGAGUACAUCAUUGUCACGCAGAGACCCCUCGUAGAUGAAGAAGGAGGAGAGCACCUUCGGAAACGGUCCAUGCAUCUUCCCUUUACCUUUGCUACAGGAGAGGCGGUCUUAUACCAAAGUGCUUACCCUCUCCCGGGCUUCCCUGACCCUUUCCAGAGCAAAGGGAAAACCAGCAAGUCCAAGAAGACCUCCCACAGCCACGGAGGGUGCUCCCAGAAGGAUAGAGUUGACCCCAGUUCCCUGCUGGGCGCCGUGAUGCAACAGGACAAGGCGGUGUACAUCUCCCAUCCAGCUCCCGCACCUAACCACUCCUUCAGCAGCAGCUUCAUGGACCACCUCGAGGACACAUCCUUGCUGGAUGCAGGAGGAGAUGCCUGGAGUAUGGAUGCUACUCCAGGUUCUUCAAGCGGGCACAGACUCAAAGAGGAGCUGGUGGAUUUGCAGCAGGAGGACCCUCUCUUGGCCACCCUGGACUCGCUCUCAAUUAAGGGUGAUGAGAGCUGUUCCAACAAUGAGCUGUUCAGUGCACUGGAGGGCCUGGGGUUGAAUGCUGAAGACCUGGAGCUCCUGCUCCUGGAUGAGAAAAUGGUGAUGGUCAAUAUGGACCCUGACUGCACCCCAUCUCUGAACGACUGUCUCGCCAGCAACAAGAUUCUCUCCUACAUCCACACCACUCUGGUGAACAAGCACGGGGGAGGACAACAGGUCUGUCCCCUGCCAGGCACAUCCCCGAGCCCACGUGGAGGCACUGCUACAUACCAGGCCCACGUGGAGGACGAGGACUUGCAGUACCUGCCCCAGCACGUGGUACAGCCCGGCAUUGCCCCAGGCCAGCCCUCUGCUCCACUGUGGGAACAGCCCCUCCACGCUGUGCCAGGGCAGCCACCCCUGCUGCUGCCAGAGCCAGCUGAGGAGGAGGAAGAGCCAUCUGAUGGCUCACAGUGGAGGCCAGCUGGGGAGGAAGGUCUGCUCCGCUUCCUCCAGCUGGCACGGGGCACCCUCCCGUGGGACAAGGCACCUGGCUCACCCCCAGGAGCCCCCUGCCUGCAGAAGCCACCCAGGGCUCGGCAGCUGGAGGGUGACUUCCUGGCCAUGCAUCCCACCCAAGAGGAUGCUCGCCGGUCCUUCUCCCUGCCCAGCCAGUCCCAGGGCCACGUGCGACCACACAGCCAGCUGAAACACCGUCACUUGCCAAUGAAUGUGUUGCGUGGCCACAGUCCUUACUCCACUACGCACCUCCUUCCCACCAGCAGCCCCAGCCCAUGGCAGGACUAUGUUUGCCCGCUCCUGGUGUCCCCAGCUCAGCCUGGUUUUUAUAGCAUCAGCCAAGACUUGAUCUCCCAGCAGCGCUUCAGGAGCAUUGGCAGCCUGUUGGAGACUCCUGUGAACUCCUAUGGGACAUACGCCUUCACGCUGAGCCAGGAGAGCAGGCACACGCCCGAAAGCAGCUGUGUUUUGCCCAGCACUCCCAUGGGACUCCCCAGAGACUGCCCGAUGCUGGGGGAGAGCUCGGCUGCCCCCUGCCAGCCGCACCCCCAGGCAGAAGUGCUGCCAGAUCACCCUGACGCCUCCAGCAGCGACUUCUGUCUCUAG